AAUAUAGAUCGAGGGAAAUUGAGGUAAGUUUUUCUCAAAAAACAGAAGAAUCCAUCGAUUGCGGCUGUCUAUCGGAGAUCAUAUGGCUGGUGGUGCCCGUUGCCGUGUCCGUUCAGGCGGAGGGUUGAGAUCGUCCGGAAGAAUUGGAGGAAAAUCCACCGGCCUAAGAUCAGGUUCCAGAUUAAGUACCAGGGAGCAACAAGAUGACCUUCUGAGGAGAUAUCCUGGUGCAGCUUAUAUUGUUACUCGUCGAAGAUCAGAACCUGCCGCUGGCGCUGGCGCUGUGGCUUCAGACGAAAUCAUUUCGUUUGAUACCUGCCGGAGUCUUUUGUAUCACUACUAUGAUGUAACACGCUUGUGUGGGAGCGACAGUCCCGAUAGUGUAUCAUAUCGCGACACUAUACUUGAGUUUUGUGGUAUUCAGGUGUCACCUGAUGAGUUAGACCAGAAGGCCUCUACUUCCACCAAUGCAGCUCCUCAUCUUUGAAGAAUUGUCUCGCCCCAAUGCUUAUCUAGUAUGGACAGUUCAGUUGUGGAUGUUGUAUUGCUUUUGAGGGGAUCAAGGAUUUGUAUUGGUCAGAUACCUGGAUCUAAAUUUUCUACAAGUCAUAUGUGUCUUGUGUGAACUUUCCCCCUUAUGAUAUCCUGUACUGGUCUUAAGACUCUCUCUUAUCCAGGGUCCAUAUGAAGUCUGCUAGAUGUAUAUAUCUUGUUUGAACUUUCUAAUUGUUAUAUGUGUACUCGUUCUAAAA